AUGCCGUCUCCUAGCCUUAGUCGCAACUUCUUCACCGCGACGCGCUUCCAGUGCCGUUGCAUGGUUCAGCCGCCGCAGAAGAUGAUCCGCUACCCUCUUCCUACAUGCCCCAUGAGGGGCCGUCGCAUCCGUUCCGCUGACGGUAUGGGCUCGCGCGUCUGUGAGUUCCGCAGCAAGCCCGAGGACGUCCAGUACGACGACGUGCCGGAAUUCGACCCAUUCCUGACCCCCGAGCACCCGUUUGGUGGCCCCGACGACCCUCACUACGGCCCGCCGAUGACGGCGCGCAUUUGGCCCAUCCUCCCCUGGUUCACGAAGUGA